CCCUUUGGCCUUGAACUCCCUUAAGUGUCCAAAUACUUUUGGGGGCCACUGUAUAUCUGCUUUAUGAUGUGCUUUUAAUUGCAUAAACUGUUUGGAACCUAUCAUGUUGUUAUUUGUAUUAAUGAUCUGAUAUAAUAAUAUUUAAGUAGUUUUCUUCUCAUUAGCUAUAACAUUUAAGAGGAUUUAUAAUGCUGUAAUGCAGCAAAAAAUGCUCUUUGAAACACUUUAAAAGACAAGAGCAAAGAGGCACAAUUUUUGACAACAAACUUGAUAUGGACACAUCUUUAAUGUUCCUUGUUAGUUAUAUUAUCAAAAGACAAAAGUUUUAUUGCUUGUUAUGAUCAGGACAGGCAUUGUAUAAAAGUAGUGGCAAUGAGGUAUGUACACGAGAUACGCCCAUUUAUAUUUUUAGGCCUAUAUAAACCAGUGAAGGUCCAGUAAACCACUCUUGAAUAAGUCAUGGGUAACCUGUCCAAUAUGUUGUAAAGAGAUGCUUACAGCCAUUGAGGAAAUCAGGCAGAAGAUGACCUCUGUGAAGCACAAGAUUCUAGUUCUGUCUGGCAAAGGGGGUGUUGGGAAGAGCACAUUCAGUGCACAUUUAUCACAUGCAUUAGCUAGUGAUGACUCCAAAGAGGUAGCACUGCUAGAUGUAGACAUUUGUGGGCCAUCAAUACCAAAAAUAAUGGGGCUGGAGGGAGAGCAGGUUCAUCAGAGUGGCUCUGGUUGGUCCCCAGUGUAUGUAGAGGACAACUUGGCCGUCAUGUCCAUUGGCUUCCUGCUCAAUAGUCCAGAUGAUGCUGUUAUAUGGAGAGGCCCAAAAAAGAAUGGCAUGAUAAAACAGUUCUUGAGAGAUGUGGACUGGGGAGAAGUGGACUAUUUAAUUAUAGAUACACCACCAGGAACUUCUGAUGAGCACUUGUCCAUUGUGCAGUACCUCAGCAGCGCUGGCAUCGAUGGAGCGGUCAUUAUCACCACCCCACAGGAAGUGUCUCUGCAGGAUGUGAGAAAAGAGAUCCGAUUCUGUAAAAAGGUCAAAUUACCCAUCAUAGGUGUGAUAGAGAACAUGAGUGGCUUUGUUUGUCCUAAGUGCAAGAAUACAUCACAGAUCUUUCCUCCGACCACUGGAGGUGCACAGAGGAUGUGUGAGGAGCUAAACCUCCCUCUUCUGGGCAGAGUACCUCUGGACCCACGGAUAGGGAAAAGCUGUGAUGAGGGAAAGUCUUUCCUGACAGAAGUUCCAGACUCUCCUGCAGCAAUGGCCUAUCAGAGUAUUGUCCAAAAAAUCCGAGAUUACUGUUCUUCUCAUUCUGCAUCAGAUGAUCUUUCUUAACACAUAGGACAUCCAGUAGAUCUUUGUCCUGCUUGCUGGGAUAUCCUAUGAAUUCAGAGUGCAGUGUCCUGUGAUUGGUCAAUCACAAAACAAAAGUCUUUGUGAAGUCAUAAUUAUCUGUUCAAAUACUUGUUACAAUUAGAAACUAUUCAAUGUGUAUCCAAGCGUGAAACUAUGGCCUUCGAUACUGUGCACUCACUUCCCCUAAAUUCAAAGAUACUGGAAAGUAUGAAAAUUGAGAAUUAAAAAUUAUGUUCUAAGUGAUGUAAAAGUAGGACUCAAUGAAAAGUUCUACUUGAAUCCAGGUUUGCAAAAUUGCAAUGAUACAGGUGAUGGUAAUAAAAGCAUAAUUAAAAUGAUAAUUGAAUUGGCAUUUUUCAACAGAGCAAAAGGAAUUAUGUUUUGUUUCUUAGAAAUUAUUUUUGAUGGGAACUAAAACAAGGCUGUGAAGGUAGGACCUACAAUGGCAUGCACUGUAUAAAGGUCACAUCUAAUCACUUGUAAUUUUUACAACUCGUGUUUUCUGGAGUAACUUGUCUACUGAAAAUAUUUUGUUUUCCAAUGAUUCAUCAUAUUAGGGAUGAAUACCAGUUUAAACAACAGUACAAACCAUCGAACAGACUGUACUUCUGUCCCUCACAGCCUCGUUUCAUUCCAGUCAAAAAUUAAAUGUGGCACUCUGAUUAAUGUCAAUAGCCCUGCUUAAUUUGUAUUUUGAAUGUUUUGUACAAGUGCUAAUAAAUUUCUUUAAAUCAUUUCAUUAACUGGA